UCUACACUCUGUCGGACAGCGUUCGUUAUUGUGUCGGCUGUUUGAGUAGGCUGCUGGGCUAAUGUGAGGUGCUCGUGGUUUAAUUGACUGCCCAGCAGCUAAGGAUGCCGAAUAAAACCCAAACCUUUCAUCUGGAAGCCAUAUGAUGCCUUGUAGACUAGCUUUCAACCAUAUGUCGCUUUGGGAGUUCGUAUCGAAAGGGAGAUAAACGGUUCUCUGCUUCUUCGAACAGCUGGUUGCCUGGAAGCUGUCAGCGAAUGGAGGAAAUAACACGAUAAACUGGCAGUAAACACACAUUGGUGAAGCUAAACGGUCGUCUGGAAUAUUUAGAGCAUUGAGAAUUCGUCUUUCAGCGGAUAGGACAGAAACUCAUCUCUUUCAUUGGUUUUGGAUACAAAUAUCGCCAGGCUACGCUGCUAGCUGGGUUAAUGGCCAAGCAGAGUUAGCUUGGAGCUAGCUGGCUAUUUACUUUCUUAUACCUUAAAACGUGUGGUGUCUCAGUGGCUAACUGGCUAGGAUAGUUAUCAUUAGCCAAUGCUAGGUAUGUUGUGGGGAACCCUUCGCUGUUAACCUAAUAAGAUAACUAGAUUAUAAGCAUUUGUUUGGCCAUCCUUUUGUGUUCAUGUCAUUGUCAUUUCGCGUGGUAUUGAGGCAAACGACAGGUUACAUGCUCUGUUGAGCUGGAAGCAAGUCAGAAAGAACAAUAGCGGCAAUUAACGCUGCUAAAUUAGCUAGUAUUUUGUUAUAGCAGUAUUUUCAUGCUAAUGCCAUUCUCAUUACAUUGACAGAUAUGGUGCUUUUGCUAGCGUGUAACGUUCGUCUGCCGACGUGUCAUGUUUACAAAAGGUAUGCCGCUGCAUCUGGCAAACUGUCAGUGAAUGGGUGUGACAAGGAAAUCUGUGAGGUAAUUUAGUUCCUUACGGACAUCAGCGCACCUGGACAAACAAAGCACUUGCCUCUUGUGAUAACCUCCAAGCUGAUUCAGUCAGUUAGUUUAUACAUUGCUAGAGAGACGAAAGCUGUCUGCCACACUUUGACAAACAGGUUUACACAUUCAGUACACCCAGUAUGCCCAAGCUAUUGCUCAGAGGUUAGUUCUGUUGCUGGAUCUGGUAGUUUUUAUCCUUUAUGAUGGACCACAUGAGGAGAAUAGGGAUGCAGUGGAGGCAUAAUUGCUGAAAUACGUCCGACUGGACUUGGCGUGGUUUUGCUUCAGUAAGAGUUGGUGCAUUCACUAGGAUGAUGGAAGGUUGCAUUCUCCCCAGAUAAGUUUUGUGGUCACUGUAACCAUGUGGACAUUGGAGCGAUCAUGCGCUUCAGUCAUGCAGACAUCAUGGCUGCUGCUGCUACUACUGGCUGCCUUUCUCAGGCCAGUCCACUGCAUGUCUCGGGAGGAGAGACAUAAGCUAAGGGAUCAGGUGGUUGAAAUGUUUGACCACGCUUAUAGUAAUUACAUGAACCAUGCGUACCCAGCCGAUGAGCUGAUGCCGCUGACAUGCAGGGGGAGGGUGCGUGGGCUGGAGCCCAGCAGAGGAGAUGUGGACGAUGCGCUGGGGAAGUUCUCCCUCACGCUCAUUGAUGCGCUGGAUACUCUGGUGCUUUUGAACAAAACUGAGGAAUUUGAUGCAGCUGUGAGAAGAGUCCUGUCUGAUGUGAGGCUGGACAAUGACAUCGUGGUGUCUGUCUUUGAGACCAACAUCCGAGUGCUGGGGGGGCUGUUAGGGGGCCACUCCAUGGCUGUGAUGCUGAGAGAAGGGGGUCGUCACAUGAUGUGGUACCAGGACGAGCUCCUCCACAUGGCCAAGGACCUGGGGCUCAGGCUCCUGCCUGCUUUCAACACGAGCAGUGGGCUUCCUUACCCCAGGGUGAACCUGCGGCAUGGUGUAAGAGGUCCGGCGACUCGCACCGGGACUGAAACGGACACCUGCACCGCUUGUGCCGGUACCAUCAUCCUGGAAUUUGCCGCCCUCAGUCGCUUCACCGGUGACCCCAUAUUUGAGGAUCACGCCAGAAGGGCCCUGGACUUCCUGUGGGAGAAGAGGCAGAGGAACAGCAACCUGGUGGGCACCACCAUCAACAUCCACUCGGGGGAGUGGGUGCGCCGAGAUAGUGGCGUAGGGGCAGGGAUUGACUCAUACUAUGAGUACCUACUGAAAGCCUACAUCCUUCUGGGAGAUGACCUCUUUCUGCAGCGCUUCAACAUACACUACGCUUCCAUAAUGAAGUACAUCAGCCAGCCGCCACUCCUUCUGGACGUGCACAUACACAAGCCCCUGCUCCCAGCACGCACCUGGAUGGACUCCUUACUCGCUUUUUUCCCCGGGCUGCAGGUGUUGAAGGGAGAUAUCCGGCCUGCCAUCGAGACGCACGAGAUGCUUUAUCAAGUGACAAGGAAACACAAUUUUCUGCCAGAGGCCUUCACCACGGACUUCAGGGUGCACUGGGCCCAGCAUCCCUUGAGGCCUGAGUUUGCAGAGAGCACCUACUUCCUCUAUAAGGCCACUGGAGACCCAUACUAUCUGGAGGUCGGGCGCACAGUUCUGGAGAACCUGAACCGUUUCGCCCGUGUGCCCUGCGGCUUCGCUGCCAUGAAGGACGUCCGCACUGGCAGCCACGAGGACCGCAUGGACUCCUUCUUCCUAGCCGAAAUGUUCAAAUACCUCUUCCUGCUUUUUGCCGACGCGGACGACAUGCCCUUUGACGUGGAGGACUACAUCUUCACCACCGAGGCUCACCUCCUGCCGCUCUCGCUGUCCACUGCGGCACGCUCCCGGUCGCCCUCUGCUGCCAACUCCACGGGUGUUAAGGAGUUAGAUGACUCUAAUUUUGACUGGACGUGCCCCAACACCCGCCUCCUCUUUCCUGACCCCGCCUUUCCCGCGAACCUCAGGGACCCAAUCAAGAUCGCAGUGGACAAGAGUUGCCCACGCCCAUUGCCCCCCCGAGAGCCUGGUAUGGGCCGCCUGCCCCUGAGGGCUCAGGACUUCAUGGCCAACAACCCCGAGCACCUGGAGCUCCUGCGCCGCAUGGGCGUCAGCCUCAUCCACCUGAAGGACGGGCGCGUGCAGCUGGUGCAGCACGCUUCACAGGCGGUGAGCGCGAUAGCGGCGGAGGACGGUAUGCGCUUCAUGCAGGAGAUGAUGGAGCUCUCUAGCCAGCAGCAGAGGGAGCAGCUUCCUCCUCGUGCCGUGCAGAUAGUCUCACACCCCUUCUUUGGCAGGGUGGUACUAACCGCUGGCCCUGCACAGUUUGGCACGGACCUUUCCAAGAGCAUCACAGGGGUGCGAGGCUUCGUGAUGGCGGCAGAGCCCUAUAGUGGCUGCGCUGAGCUGACUAACCCAGAGUCUGUUCAGGGGCGUAUCGCCCUGCUGCAGCGCGGGCAGUGCAUGUUUGCAGAGAAGGCCCGCCACAUCCAGAAGGCCGGAGCCAUCGGGGGCAUCGUCAUUGAUGACAACGAGGGCAGCAGCAGUGACACGGCGCCCCUUUUCCAGAUGGCAGGGGACGGGCGCAGCACGGACGAUGUAUCGCUGCCCCUCCUCUUCCUGUUCCACAAGGAGGGCAACAUCCUGCUGGAGGCGCAGAAGGAGUACCGCGAGGUGGAGGUGCUGCUUAGCGACAAGGCCCGCGACCGAGGUGGUGAUGCAGAGGAAGAAGACUGCGCCACUGAGGAAAAGGAGCAUGAACCUGGACCUGCCUGCUCCCCCUCUCUCUCCCUCUCCUCCCCCUUCCUCUCCCUCUCCUCCUCCCCCUCCCUCUCUUCCUCCUCCUCACCACCUCCAGACCAAUCCCAGCCAAGCACGCAGGAGCUUGACCAAUCAGAAGCCGAGGAAGGAGAAAUAGAGGAGGAGGAGGAAGAUGAGGGGGAGGUGGUCCCUCCCAAGGAGGGCAGUGAGCCUGACGCACAGAAAGAGCCUAAGGAGGAGCCGGCAUCUGAUAAGGACCCCAACAAGUUGCUGGACGCCCUAUUAGCCGACUGGCAGGAGGACCUGGAGGCCUUUCGUCAGAUGGAGAAGGACGAGCUCUGACCUCUCUCUCCUUCCUCUUCAGACAUGGGCAGUACUGUACAUGACAGCCAUAGGGUGAGACAGGAGAGUCUUUAGUCGACUGCGCCCCUCCACCAAGGAAGGACACAUUUAAAACGGGCAAGGGGGCGUACGACUUCCAGACUCCAGUGGUAACCCACAGCGACUGCUUCCCCGUUCCCCUCCCCCUGUAACUCCUUUCCCUACCGGUCUCCAGUACCUCAGGUGCCCCUGCAUUCGUUCACCUCCUCGGACUCCGACUUCAGUGAACGGAAUAGGACAGUGACUGCGCCUCACCCCCGGCGGAGCUGUCUGCGCAGCUCGCUUCUCAGACGCCUUUGUUGUCUUAACGUCUUCCCAAAAAUGGAUCUCUCGGGUGAAGCGGUCACAGUGUAAAUCAGCAGACUGAUAAAAAAAAUUUAAAUUCAACUGUGAUUAUUUUUUUUCUCCCCUUUUGUCUUUUUGUAAUGCCAUUUGUACUAAUUUAAUUUGUGUAGGCUCAUUUACUGGGGGCAUUAGUGAGCUACUAUACUGUGAGUGGAGCGGUGACCAUGAAGUCAGAAAAUGAAAUUAAAGACUAAAAUUAGGAAUACUUAAUUAUCACCUCUCCCAUCCUCAUAUGGAAUGAUGAAGUGUACAACCAUGUAUAUGGCACCAUAUAUAUGGGAACUUAUGACCAUAUAUGUAUAUAUAUGGCAUAUAUGUAUUAAAAUGUACAUUGCUAUUU